GCUUGGAUGACGGACAAGGAAAUUAGACGACUGAAAGCUCUUCACGACUGCCAGGCGUGUAAGAUUCCGAGAAGGAUUUAUUGGGUGUGUCGGAUUGGUGGCAUAAAUUGGGCUCGAAAAAUUGACUGGAACGUCUUCUCUUCAGAUCCAGGACGAACCAAAGAAGUGAAAGGCAGGUUCGCUGGUUGGGGCAAACAGUUACUGGUACCACUGGUGUAGCAAGAUAAUAGCCACCCUCACUUUUGCAAAGACCAAGCGAAGUUUUUGCUGCACGGAAGAAGAUGAAGUUGUUUUUGCAAUAUGGAUUGAUGCUACUGCUCUCGCUGCAACAUGUAGCGGCAGGAGCAGAAGCUCAAACCUGUUCGGCCACCGAUGGCGCUGUUUGCGCAGACGAUGAAGCCAUGCUUCGCCCCAACAUGAUGGACGAGGUUUCCUCUCCCGAUUCCAAGCGCGCCUUGAACAAGUUGAUCUUUACUCGCAUUGCCAAGGAAUAUGAUUUCAUGACCGCGGCGCUCUCCUUUGGAUUGGAUGGAAGUUGGAAACGUCAAAUGCUGGCCAAAAUAUCGGAGUUUUUGGCAGACUCGGAGCCACCUACGCUUUGCGUCGACUUGGCCUGUGGAACGGGUGAAAUUUCCCUACUCGUUUCCAAAACAUUUCCCGGCGCAAAAGUCAGGGGUAUCGAUCUGACUCCAGGAAUGAUUGAAAUCGCCAAGGAACACGAAAAAACAAACCCCAAUGUCAAAUUUGAAGUGGGUGAUAUGACCAACUUGACUUUCAAUGGCAUUGAGGACAAUUCCGUCGAUGUGAUUACCGGAGGAUACGCCAUUCGCAAUGCUCCCGAUUUGCGUGUGGCGCUCAAGGAAAUUCAUCGCAUGUUGAAGCCGGGUGGCAUUGCUGCCUUUUUGGAUUUUUCCCGUUCGUCGAAACCAAUUCUUUCCACAAUGGGAUACUGGGCCCUCAAGGUUCACGGUAGUUUCUGGGGCUUGGUGAUGCACGGAAAACCUUGGGUUUACGGAUACAUUGCUGAUAGUUUGAAGAAAUACCCAGACCGAGCUUCCUUGGCCGUCGUCAUGGAAGAGGAGGGCCUCGCCGUCACCCACAGGCAACUUCACAUGUUUGGUUUGCUCGAGACUGUCCACCUCAAGAAAAAGGUGUAAAUUCGUUUUCUGAGCUGUUGGAAUUUUGUAGAAGCAGCAAACGAUGGACACACAAGGGCGAUAGAAUGCGUUGACGGACUACACACAAAAAAAGGGUAGGUAUUCAUAGAACCGCCAAUGAUCAGAAAGAAAAAAGCAAGUUGGAAAAUCAGAAGGUUCAUUUUCUCAAGAAAUCGACCAACUAUUCAUUGUUCUCGUUUGGGAUUGCUGCGGUAGAAGAGGCACGUUGGAAUAAUAGCUAGUAAAAGGUUUUCUCUUUUGG